AUGGCAACUCAGAAAGCAGUCAUAACCACCACCAACAAAACCGCCCAAGUCGUACACGACAGACGCAUCCCAACCCCCGGCGACGACGAAAUCCUCGUGAAAACCACCAGCGUCGCAUUGAAUCCGACAGACUGGAAACACAUCGACUUCCUCGCGCCCCCCGGUGUGCUCAUCGGGUGCGACUACGCCGGAGUCGUCGUCGAAGUCGGCACAGCCGUCACGAAACCAUUCAAAAAGGGAGAUAGAAUCUGCGGAUUCGUGCAUGGGUUGAAUACCCUCCACCCGGAGGUCGGGGCCUUCGCGGAGUAUAUCCUCGUCAAGGGGGAUUUGCAGUAUAGGGUUCCCGAGGGGAUGAGCUUUCAGGAGGCGGCGACGGUGGGAUUGGGUGUUAGCACGGCUGCGCUAGGGCUUUAUCGGAGUUUGGGGCUUGCGUUGCCGACAAAGCCUGUGAGCGGAAAAGAAAGGAAACAGGUAUUGGUUUAUGGGGGGUCGACAGCGACGGGGACAUUGGCGAUUCAGUUUGCAAAGUUGUCUGGGUAUGAGGUUCUUACUACGUGCUCGCCUCGACACUUUGAUCGGGUCAGGGAGCUUGGGGCUGAUGCGGUCUUUGACUAUAAUGAACCGGGUUCUGCGAGUGCGAUAAGGGCGCAGACGAACGAUGGGCUGACCAUGGCGUUCGAUACUGUAUCGGUGGAAAGCAGUGCGAAGUACUGUGAUGAUGCACUUUCCUCCAGAGGAGGCCAGUAUAGCUCGCUUCUACCCAUCAGGAUUGAGCGCGAGGAUAUUCAGAGCCGGUCUACGAUGGCGUAUACGGUGUUUGGUGAACGGUUCAUCUUUGGCCCAAAGGAGAUUCCCGCUCAGCCGGAUGACAGAACGUUCAUGGAAAAGUUCUGUGGUAUCUUUGAGGAUCUGCUGGCGAGUGGAAAGGUCAUGGUACAUCCUCGCAGGGCCUGCAAUGGGGGAUUAGAUGGAAUAUUGCAUGGACUGCAGCUGUUGAGGGAGGGCAAGGUCAGCGGAGAGAAGCUUGUGUGUAAGAUAGCAGACACUCCUUGA